CGGUAAUGUUAUGGAGUUUUCUCUCCUGCUCAUCAGUGGCAUAUAGGAAACGACAGGCCUACUGCAAACGCUAGAUUUGUCGACAAUAAAUCAUCAGCAUUCAGUUGUUGGUGGUGAAUAAUAUCCUUUCAGUCCUGCAUGAGAGCCAAAGAGAGCGUCAAAACAUGGUGGUUCUCAAAAUUCGAGACCAGCCUCCCCUGCUAAAAGCUAUUUUCAAUGUUGAUCCAGAUGAAGUGCGCUCACUCAUUUUUAAGAAAGAGGAUGUGAAUGUCCAAGACAAUGAGAAGAGGACACCGCUGCAUGCAGCUGCCUACUUAGGAGAUGCUGAGAUUAUAGAGCUUCUAAUUUUAUCAGGGGCGAGGGUAAAUGCUAAAGACAACAAAUGGCUGACUCCUCUUCACCGUGCAGUGGCAUCCUGCAGCGAGGAGGCAGUGCAGGUUUUGCUUAAGCACUCUGCUGAUGUGAAUGCUCGAGAUAAGAACUGGCAGACCCCUUUGCAUGUGGCCGCCGCUAACAAAGCGGUCCGGUGCGCUGAAGCCUUGGUCCCACUGCUCAGCAACGUUAAUGUAUCCGAUCGGGCCGGACGUACCGCCCUGCACCAUGCUGCCUUUAGUGGCCACCUGGAGAUGGUGCGAUUACUGCUCUCUAGGGGAGCCAAUAUAAACGCCUUCGAUAAGAAGGACAGAAGAGCGAUCCACUGGGCAGCGUACAUGGGUCACAUGGAGGUGGUGAAACUGCUGGUGUCCCAUGGCGCCGAGGUGACGUGUAAGGAUAAGAAGGCGUACACACCUCUUCACGCUGCGGCAUCCAGCGGCAUGAUCAGUGUUGUGAAGUAUCUCCUGGACCUUGGAGUGGAUAUGAAUGAGCCAAACGCAUAUGGGAACACACCGCUGCACGUGGCGUGCUACAACGGCCAGGAUGUGGUGGUCAAUGAGCUGAUCGAGUGUGGAGCAAAUGUGAACCAGGUCAACGAGAAGGGUUUCGCCCCACUGCACUUCACUGCUGCCUCGCGUCACGGGGCGCUCUGCCUCGAGCUGCUCGUUGGCAACGGAGCCGACGUUAAUAUCAGGAGUAAGGACGGUAAGACCCCUCUGCACAUGACCGCAAUCCAUGGAAGGUUCUCGAGAUCUCAGGCGAUUAUUCAGAACGGUGCUGAGAUUGACUGUAAAGACAAGAACGGUAACACUCCUCUGCACAUAGCCGCUCGAUACGGACACGAGCUUCUCAUCAACACACUGAUCACUAAUGGAGCUGGUACAGCCAAUAGAGGAGUCCAUGGCAUGUUUCCACUGCAUUUGGCUGCGCUCAGCGGCUUCUCGGACUGCUGCCGUAAACUGUUGUCAUCCGGCUUUGAUAUUGACACCCCUGAUGACUUUGGAAGGACCUGUUUACAUGCUGCUGCUGCCGGCGGGAACCUUGAGUGUCUGAAUCUGCUGCUCAACACGGGGGCAGAUUUCAACAGGAAGGACAGCUUUGGAAGGACACCUUUGCACUAUGCAGCUGCAAACUGCAACUAUCAGUGCCUGUUUGCUUUGGUGGGUUCAGGAGCCAACGUCAAUGAGCUCGACGAAAGGGGCUGUAGCCCACUUCACUACGCCGCUGCUUCUGACGCCGAUGGAAAGUGCCUGGAGUAUUUGCUGAGGAAUGACGCUAACCCAGGGAUCAGAGACAAUCAGGGCUUCAAUGCAGUGCAUUACGCCUCUGCGUACGGACACCGGCUGUGUCUGGAGCUGAUUGCGAGUGAGACUCCUUUAGAUGUGUUAAUGGAAACCUCAGGGACAGACAUCUUAAAUGACUCUGACGUACGUGCUCCGGUCAGCCCACUCCACCUGGCUGCAUACCAUGGGCAUCACCAGGCACUGGAAGUGCUUGUUCAAUCUCUGUUGGACCUGGAUGUGAGAACUGCACAUGGACACACACCGUUGGACCUAGCUGCCUUCAAAGGCCAUGUGGAGUGUGUAGAUGUUCUCAUUAACCAGGGGGCUUCCAUCCUGGUGAAAGACUACACGCUCAAACGGACCCCCAUACAUGCUGCCGCUACAAACGGUCAUUCGGAGUGUCUGCGUUUGUUGAUCGGGAAUGCUGACCUGCAAAGUGCAGUGGAUAUUCAGGAUGGAAUUGGCCAGACUCCUCUGAUGCUUUCUGUGCUGGGCGGACACACAGACUGUGUUUACUCUCUUAUAAAUAAGGGAGCUAAUGUAGAUGCCAAAGACAAGUGGGGUCGCACUGCUCUGCACAGAGGGGCGGUGACAGGUCAUGAGGAGUGCGUGGAGGCUCUGCUGCAGCACAGUGCCAGUUUCAUGACACGGGACUGUAGGGGGCGCUCUCCGGUACACCUCGCGUCCGCCUGCGGCCACGUUGGAGUUCUGGGGGGACUCCUGCAUGCCGCCCAGUCAGUAGAGAGCAUUCCUGUCAUCACUGACCACCAGGGAUACACACCCCUUCACUGGGCCUGUUACAACGGUCAUGACACUUGUGUUGAAGUGCUGCUCGAGCAGGAGUUAUUCCAUAAGACGGAAGGGAACACAUUUAGCCCCCUUCACUGUGCCGUUAUAAAUGACAAUGAAGGAGCAGCUGAGAUGUUGAUAGACACGCUUGGUCCGGCCAUCGUCAAUUCGACUGACUCUAAAAACAGGACUCCUCUUCAUGCUGCAGCGUUCACCGAUCACGUGGAGUGUCUGCAGCUCCUGCUGGGUAACAAUGCACAGGUGAACUGUGUGGAUGCCGUAGGCAAAACUCCCCUCAUGAUGGCUGCUGAGAACGGCCAGACUAACGCAGUCGAGGUGUUGGUGAGCAGUGCAAAAGCAGACCUCACACUGCAGGACGCCAACAAAAACACUGCUCUCCAUCUGGCCUGCAGUAAGGGCCAUGAAACCAGUGCCUUGUUGAUCUUGGAGAAGAUCACUGACAGAAACCUCAUCAACUCCACCAAUGCAGCUUUACAAACGCCUCUGCAUGUGGCCGCUAGGAAUGGCUUGACUGUGGUCGUCCAAGAACUACUAGCGAAGGGGGCUAGUGUGCUAGCCGUGGAUGAAAACGGUUACACUCCCGCCCUGGCUUGUGCUCCUAACAAAGAUGUGGCCGAUUGCCUGGCACUAAUCCUGGCCACCAUGAUGCCAGUGUCCCCAGGAGGAGGUGCAGUGCCCAGCCUCGCGUUCAGCGCCAUCAAUCACUUCACCAGCCCCACUAAAAGCGUCACGUUCGACAGCCUGCCCAUGCUCCGCUCUGAACACAGCUCCUAUUGCAGCUUCAACAGCAUUGGCCGCCACGACGGUCUCUACAAGGACGACGAGCUAAAUGACUCUGACUCCGAGACCUACUGAGGCGGAGGAGAGGCGCACAUCUUGUCUUAAUUAUCCAGCGGCCGGCCACUCCGCAGAGCCUUAAGAGUCUCUAGCUGCAACAUACGCGCACAAACGUAUUCACGAGGCGUCGUAGGCCGGCCCUCCCAGCCCCCUUAUUCAUCAGCUCAACCUCUGCCAGCACAUCUCGUCCUUUAGCAGAUGCCUCAGAGUACUCUGCUUCACCCACACAAAGGUAAUGGAUUGGUGGGCGGACCCCCGUUAUGGCAAUAACAAGACAAGAAUCAGCAGCCUGGGACCAAUAUUUGCACAGACAGUUUGAGACUGUCGUGAUUUAUGGAUUCAGCUCGUUUCAACUCCUUUAUGAUUGUUAGGAAAUGAAACGGUCCUUUACUUUAAGACUGGGAUAAUUGUGAUGCUUUCAGCGAUUUAAAGUCAGUGUGCACUUCUGAGUCGAUCAUUUACACCUUUGGGCAAAGAAAUGAUUUAUUUUUUAAAAUGCGAUUUUAAUACCAGUGAAUUUCUCUGUCCCUUGGGGGAAACGAAAUUACAAAGUUAUUAGUUUGAAAACUGCAAGGACAUAAGCAUUGUAAUGCUUUUGGUCACAAGCAUGAGUGAAGUUAAAAGCUAUUUGUCUCCAUCUUCAGUUUUAGGAUAAAUUAUUAUUUUUAUCUAUGGUAUUUAUUUUUACUUUUCAUGAUUUCUUCAUCAUCAUCACCAUCAUCAUCUUGUGCCUUCAUAAAUUACUGUAUGGAAGGAUGGGGCAGCUUGGAAGAACAAAUCUACGAAGAAGUUACACUACAUCUGUGAAAAGCACUGAAAAUGAGGCAAACGGCUCCCAGCAUGCUUCGCUCCAAGAUGAGGAACACUGUGUAAACCAAUGGUAGAACAGCAUUUGAUCUCUUUGUAUGUUGAUAUAUGAAUAUAAAUAUAUAUUAUAUUUUUUCUGGCUCUUAUUAACAUUACGUUUUUGGGGCAGGUAUGCUCGUUUUGAUUUAGAAAACGAAACCACUCAAUCCUUCUGUGAUGGCCUGUCAGAAAACCUGUGUCUCUUUUCAAGCUUUGAUUUUGGAAAGAUUGAAACUGGAAAUCUGUUUAGUAAAGCUACCCGGCUGAGUGGGGGGUCAGCGGGCAUCCGCGUUUGCCUUUCUGUCCAUUUGUGUGGCAAAUGGAGUGACUGGUGCAGCGGGUGGUCACUGCUUUCCCCGACUCGGAACAAGAGAUUCCUGUAUAUUUUAUGGUUGAUUAAAUAAAUAAAUGAGUUGAGUAAUUUGAA